AUGCGCGCGCUGCGCCCUGCUGCGGCACUGCACGAGGCGCUGCAGGCAGCGGCCCAGCAAGGCGGCUCGCCGCCUCCCAAGGACUUUGUGGAAUCUGCAGAGGCGAUCCUCCCAUUCUUCGACCACCUCGGCCCCGUGUUCACCGUCGCGCGCCACGAGUUCACAUCAAAGCUGGCGACCCUUCGCGACGCGGCCGGCCGCCACCGCACGCUGAGCGACGUAGUGCGCGCCGACGCCGCGCGCGGCGCCGUCACGGUCAAGAACAGCUGCACGCGCAACCUGCACCGCCUCGUCGCGGCGAUAUCCUUCAUAAAGAUCCUGUUCGAGCGCCUCUCGCGGUCGCACGCGACGCACUUGCGGGAGGCGGCCAGCGACGCGUACGAGGCGGCGCUUGCACCCUUCCAUACAAUGCUCAUCCGCGGCGCGGUGCGCGCGGGCAUGCUGACGCUGCCGACGCGCGAGCACUUCCUGGCCUCGAUCGGCGAGACCGAGGAGAGCGCGGCACCGCGGUGUGCGGAGGUGAUCGCGUCGUGUGAGGCCGUCAUCGUGGUCGUGGACAAGCUACUCGCGGGGAUUGAAUUUCCCGUGUCUGAUGUGUGGUUCUGGCCCAGCAGAUGA